AUGGCCACCGGCUCGGGUACGGCGGGAACGCCCCGCGACCCUCCCCCGGGCCCACCCCGCCCCCUCCGGGCCCCGCCUCCUCCGGGCCCCGCCUCCGAGAUCCUCCCCCGGCCCCACCCUGCCUGUCAGGACCUUUCCCCAGACGCCCCGAUCUUCCCCCCCAACCCUCAGGUCCGGUCACAGGCGGCGCGAGCCCUCCAGGACGGGGUGGGGCCCGUGCGGCCCCGCCUCCGCCCUCCGCGGCAGGUCCCGCCCAUACUCUUGGCCCCGCCCAUCGCGCCGGCCGCGGCCCCUCCCGCGGACGGGGCGGGGCCUGCUAGCAAUAGAGUGGUUGAGCGUCCCGACUGGCCACCGCAGCAGUCCGUCAAGUGCGCCCUUCCUCUUGAGUGCUUCAAUUGGCCGGGGAUGCAUUCCGUCAGCGUCGGCAGCGGGCUCUUCGUGGCCCUGCGGCGGCGGCGGAGCUGGUGGAGGAAGUCCACGGCCGGCAGGGGCUCGCACUGCCCUUGGGAAGCCGCGACCGGGAGCCCGGGUGGCCCGGGACCUGAGGCGACGGCGGCGGCGGCGGGAGCCCCGAUGCGAAUCGCCAUAAUUGAUGAUCGUCCAGCAGAGCUGGAAACUGUAUGUUCACAAUGUCUGCACAUGAAUGCAAAAAUUCAGGUUCUUCGAGAGGAGUUAUUAUUCAUGACAGGAAAGCAAAAGAAAUGUGAAAAACUAGAGAAGAAUAACAAGAAGCUGAAGCAAGACAUAGUGAACCUCAAAAGUCACAUAGAAAUGAAUAUGACGGAACACAGUCAAGUAGAGCAGUAUAAGCAGGAGAUUGAGGAAAGAGCGAGACAGGAGCUAGUAGAGAAAUUCAAAGAAGUCAACACGGUUUUACAGAUACAAGCGGCAUCUCAAGAAUACUUAGAGCAGACAGACGAGGAGCAUAUUGCUUUCUUAAGAAGUCAGAUGGAACUCAGAAUUAAAGAGUUGGCAUCUGAAGUCUUCAAGAUGGAAACUUAUGAAGCAGAUUUGGAAAAAUAUAAGAAACUCUACCUCGAAGAACUAAAAGUUAGGAAGUCAUUGGAAAAGAAGCUAGACGAGACUAAUUGGAGGCUGGCAGAGAUGAGCACCGAACUUGAGGUGGAGAAACAGCAGAACAGAUCUUUACUGAGCACUCUUACCACGAGGCCAGUCCUGGAGCCGCCCUCGCAGAAGAAAUUUCCAUAAUACUUCAAUAUGAAUCUUUCUCCAAAAACAAACAUAGGAUUUUCUACCUCAAUUCCAUGCCCUUCAGAUAACAGCAUGGCGACUGACUUGAUCAAGUUUAGUUCUACUAUCUUUUUUUCCUUGGGUUUAGCAUGUCCAAUAUGAAUGAUUCUUAUUUUCAACUUCUGAGCUGUUUAUUUGACUUAUGUGCACUAAGUAAAAGCCAUAAUUAACUGUGCUAACCAAGGAGACAAAAAUUUUAUGUUUCUUUGGUCCUAGAUUUCUAUUUUUAAGAUACUUAUUAAUUUCUUAAAUUUCUUGAAAAGCUGCAUUUAAAUUCUACUUUAGAAAUGAAAUCUUAUUGCCUAGUAACCGAACAUAUACUUUCAGAUAUUUGACCUCCUUUCUAAUUGAUUUCACCUUGGCAAGUGUUCAUAAUCAUCUCCAAGCUCCGCUGAACCCACUGCAGUUUUUCUACCCCUAAGCAUAAGUGAAUGACUGGCAUCGAAACACUAACCAUAUAUGGAUGUUUUUGUAUUUGAAGGAAUCCUAUAUAAAUCCUUUUUAUGAAUUAAACAAACUUGUAGCACUAUAUCAGAAGAUUAAUUUCUAGUUUUCAAUCAACAUUUUGGUCAUUUUCUUACACAAGAAUGCAUCUUUAAUCGCUAUUUUACUUAGAGCCUUGUUACUUAAAUUUCUAAAAAAUAUUUUCUGAGCAAUUGUAGAACGUUUCUAAAUUUGUAGUUAAAGCAAACAUUAAAAAAUUUUAAAUGAAGCUCACUUUUGUCUCUAUCUCAACAGCACCUGGAUGAUUGAUGACUAAGAGCAAUGAUGGGGAGUCUAAAUUGCAGCUAGUUUUCAUUGUGUGAUCGUUGUGAUUAAAAUAUCCAUUUCAGUCAGAGCACACGGG